AUGAAUAAUGGAGCACAGACUCAUAAUUUCAACGGUACUGCAAACCGGAAUGACGGAGGAGGCGCCUCUUCGCUUUCCAAUGGUUCUCAGCAGCUGCAGCAGUUUCAACUGCAACCUCAACGACAGAACACCCAUCAGUAUCUACAGCAGCACCCACAACAGCCGCAGCUCAACUUACAAAACAUUCCCCCACAACAGCUUGCACAACUUGUGCAAGCCAUGAAGAAUGACUUUGAAAUUGCAAAAAGUACAACUGACGAUCAAGUUAAACAACAUCAUUUGAUGAGGGCAGAGAAUAUACGGAGGUUAUUGGCAAGGUAUCAAGAGCAGAAGAAUACAAUGCAACAACAGGCGCAUCAGAAGCACCAGCAACAGCAGCAACAGCUGAAUACCUACAACAGUCAGGCCAUAUCUGGUGUAGAUCAGAAAAAUGCCUUGGCUCAGAAAAAUUUGCGCAACAACAAUGCGCUAAGCAAUAUAGAAGAGCAAAAGAAUCAACAACAACAGCAACAACAACAACAGGGAACGCCAAUGAUGCUGCAGUCUCCACAUCCCAACCUCCAAUCGCCUGCUAUGGGAAUCAAUCAUAUACCUUCUGGGACUCCUGGGAAAAGUCCUUCUAACGCCCAAUAUUUUCAAAACCUGCAGGGACAAGCGUCGAAUAACUCACUAACUAAGCAGCAGUUGGAAGAAAAAAGUAAACAAAAGUUGCAGGAACAAGCCCAGAACCAGAAUGGUCCGCAUGUAAAUAGCAAUCUUUUGCGAAGUGUGAGCUCUAGUGCAUCUAGUGGAGCGGGGAGUGGCACUGCCGGUACAGUAAAUGCCCCCUCACACUCUAUAUCUAUGGAGAGGUUUAAUCAGAUUAGGCAAAAACUUACUGAAAUUCAAAGAAAGAUUCAAUUGUUAGAGCAGAGUAAAAAAGCGGGCAACGCAACUCAAGAACAAAUUUUGAUUAUUGAUAGAGAGUUGAUGGAAGCUAAAACAAAAUUCCAGCAGUUCCAGAAGAUAGGGAUAUAUAUAAGGAAUCAAUUGGUUCAACAAGCUAAGCAACAACAUCCACAGCAACAGCAGCAACAACAGCAACAACAGCAACAACAACAUCAACAAAAGCAACAACAACAACAACAACAACAACAACUGCAGCUGCUGCAGCUGCUGCAGCUAGAGCAAAACAGGAUACCACAGUCGCAACAACAUCAACCUUACAUCCAACAUCAAGCACCUGGCCAGGGUUUGGCACAAAUAUCACAUUCGGACCAAGCUUCCCCUCCGUUCUCUUCUCAAUUGCAACAACAGUUUCAGCAAAAAUUGCAACAACAACAACAACAACAACAACACCAGCAGCUGUUAAUGGCACAGCAAGGCAACAAUGUUACAAACCAAAAGCAAUCCAUGCCUGGCUUGGACUCAUUCCAGGAAAGUUCAUCCAUGAAGCAAGUGAGACAAAUUCCUAAUGUCCCAAUGCCACAACCCACAAAGUCUGUCACUGGCACUCCGGUAUAUCCCGUUUCUCAACCAACACCAUCCCAAAUUCCCCAACAAGCUUCCCUCCAAUCUCGAGCUCCCAGUCGACAAACUUCUCAGACUCCAUUCCCACCGCAGCCCUUGGCCAGUAGGCAGGGCUCUUCGACUUCAGACAAGUUUAAAUCGGGAGGUGCACCAUCAAAUUCGUCUACUGCUGGAACGCCAGCAGGUGCUACUGCGCCUAAAUCAGGACAAGUCAGAACAGAUACACGUUCUACUCCCCAGCGCUCGAAAUCGGCAAUGGCAUUGAACCUCGCUGGAAUCACUAAACCCAGUGUACCUUCGAUACCAAUAUCAAGCUCGGUAGAUAUCAAACCACCAACGAUGGUUACUUUUAAUACAGUUGCCGAUACUAGACCGACAUUGACUGGCGGUGCGGCCAAUUCAUUGAGUAUUUUAUUAGACACUCCUGCAAUAACAAAAUUGCCCACCUUUGAUUUAGAAGGUGGAACGUCAACCAUUGAUAAUGGAAGAGUGCUAAAUAAGAGGAAGCUUCAAGAUAUAAUUAGCACUGUAGGUGUUGAUGAAGGAGACGGUAAGACUACAGUUGAUGGAAAUGUGGAAGAGGUAUUGCUAGAUUUGGCGGAUGAGUUUAUUUAUUCUGUAACAAGUUUUGCUUGUAGGUUGGCUAAGCAUAGAAAAGUCGACAGUAUAGAAGCAAAGGAUAUACAGUUGCAUUUGGAAAAAAAUUGGAAUAUUAAAAUUCCUGGGUAUGCAAUGGAUGAAAUUAGGAGUACUAGGAAAAUCCAGCCAAGCACCAGUUACAAUCAAAAAGUUCAAGGUGUUGAGAUUUCAAAAGCAGUUAACGACGACAUUUAA